AAUGCAGAUAAUUAUUGUAUUGUGUAUUAUUUUAAUGAGGCAUGUUUUGAUUGGUAUCACUUUUGAAGUUGGUGUACCGAAGAGAGAUAGCAUUUCGUCAAAAAAUAUUGUAAUUGGUAUUUUUGGUUUCAACGCUGACGGACCCAAUUCACCGAUAGAAAAUCACAAUGAGAAGAUUUUUAGAAUAACAAAAAAGGACAACUUUUAUGAAAGAAUUCUAGCAGAUCUAUAUUAUAACGAAAACAUAGGCAGCAAACCUUUAGUACAAAUUCAGCCUUUAGCAACGAAACUUAUAACAAGACCUUAUUAUCCGAUUUUGUUCAAGAAACUUUCAAGUAAGUGUUGCGUUGAGCGUGGAAACAAUUUAUGGAAUAAUAACCGGUUCGUCAAACAUUAUGUUCCUGAAAACGCGCUUUUAACAGCAAGCAAGUCGGUACCGUCAAUUACCAACAAUGAAAGAUUUUUUGUUCACAAAGAUAAUUUAACAAUUGUCGACAUUGAUGAGAAAAAUGAAGUUCCAGAACAAUAUUUAUAUAAUCAAAGUAGAGUUAACAAAACAAAUCAAGAACAAGCAAUAUCCGUUUCGAAUCAGAUUAAUUCUGACAUUAAAACUGAAAAAAACAUUCCGGCUGAUAAUAGUAAAAACCAACUGGCUGCUCAUUUAUCGCAAUUAAAAAAUGUUGAGAAUGACGACUUAAACGAUAUAAAAAUACAUGAAAAAGAGAUGACGUCUUCUAUGAAAAAUUAUGAACAGAUCGAAGAAGUGAUCAAUACAACAGACAGACAGACCGUUUCCGUCGAUAUUGAACAAAACAAUCAAAAAAAUGUUAUAUCUUUAAAUUAUACAAAGAAGAAACUCGAAACAGUACAUUCAAACAAUAAUAUCAAUAUUUACAACACAACUGAACAGAGCAAAAUUAAUGAAAUUGAAAAAAAUAAUAAAAACGAUUCUAUGUCUGGCAUUUUAAAAACAAAAGAUGUAUGGCCACAACUAUAUUCGUCUUUAACUAAAAUUAAUACUUCUAUUUCUUUAAGGGCUUUUCAAAAUGUAAUGAAUGAUUUUAUGACGUCAGAUUUGAAAUCGAAAAAUGUCUCUUCGCAGCAACACAAGUAUGUAAAAGAGAAUCUCGUAAAACAGCGUAUAAUUAUGAAUAGCGAUAAUUUUAAUGAUGACAAUAUAGCUUACAUAAAAAACAAGCUUUCCUUGAGCAAUGUUGCUACACUGGACAAACCCAUUCCUUCCGAUAAACCUUUUCUUGACAGUAAUGAUGAUUCAGAAACUUUGGAAAACAAAUACACUCGACUGUCUUUAAAGGAAAGAGGUGAUAUUCCCAACAUUUAG